UGAUCUUUUCAGAUGCCUUGUUUUGUCCAUACUUCAACGACAUUCUGAUGGCGACUUCAAUGUCUGCUAUCAGCAACAAUUAACUGAAAAAAGUCCAAGUCUCCUGAUUCCAGCUAUUUAAAUGUGAAUAUGUUGUGGUUUCUCUCCUCGUCUCUGACAGUAAGUUGAAUAUCUUUGGGUUGUCUUGGGUUUGGGAACCACUGAGGGACGUUUCGCUGACCAAACAACUGAUGAAUUAAUUGAGAAAAUACCCAGAACAGUUGUUGGUUGCAGCCCUGUUGGUCACCUAGUGCUCUGUGUUUUUGUCUUUGCAGCCUUGUGAAGCCGCCCCUGGUGAAUCCUGUUGCUUGUGGGCUCAACAAGGCUGCAGAAAGCAACUCAAAGAAUGAAAAGGCGUGACUCCUGGAGGCUCAGGAGAUUCGCGUGCGAUGUUCCUUGGACAGACCCCUGCCUUCCACGGCGGUGACGGUCUCGUUCAGUAGCCGUCGCCUUUCUUCAGGCAGGUAGAGUAAAACCUGGCAGCCAGAUAUUGUUUGAAACAGGAGAAGCUCUUCCUGUCAGACACUGUCAGCUGUCACAGUAAUGCCUCAGAUUUCUUGUUUCGUCCACCCACUAGAGCUUCAUGCAGUAAUUAAGACACUCAGUAGACCAUGCUUCAUGAGUCUGAUCAUUUCUACAGACUUGUUAAAACGUCUCACUCUGUCCUGUAUAAGUUCAAGCACUCACAGGGUGAAGGAUGCAUUCUUGUUCACCUUUACUACUCUGCAGAUUUAAGUUAAGUUUGUUUGCGUUAUUCAGCCACUGUAUAUCUCAUCUUUCAUCUAGCGCAUCCUGUAGUGAUAUAUCAGUGAAACCGGUAAUACAAACUGUGAAUUUCUAACAGCUGUAUUUACACAAAUUUCAGUAUUAAGAUACAAGUGAAAGUUCAGGAUUCUAUAGAUCCCAUGUGUCAAACUCCCGCGAGAUCAUUUUACAUUGAUUUAUUGUUAUUAAUAGUUAUAAAAGAUAAAAUAUCAAGCGACCAGCUACUGAGGCAAACCAAGCAGGAGGACAUUCGUACACUUGUCACCAGGAGAAGAUGGAGGCGGAUCGGACAUGUGAUGCGGGAGGCUAGUAACAACAUAGCCAGAAUUGCAGUGCACUGGACACCUGAAGGCAAACGAAGCAGAGGGCGCCCGAAAACAACUUGGCACAGGACUGUAGAGAAGGAACUGAGGAAGCUCAAUUACAGCUGGAGCACCACUGAAAAACUGGCUAAAGAUAGGCAGGGUUGGAAGGAUUUCAUUGCUGCCCUAUGUGCCACACGGGCAUGAUGGGCAAUCUCUAUGAACCUGCCAAUACGACUCAGGCUGAGUUUUCUCAGGGGGUGUGGUGCUGCGACUGCUCAGAGGGAGGAUUCAGCGUGUUCAGAGUGACCGAUGUUAAAUGAGAAUGCAGGACGACGGGGAUCCACAGAGAAAACCAGCUGGAGAGAUCAGAGUUAAGCCUCCAGAUGAGAGGAGAGCAGUGCAGGAGAGAACCUUCACCAGAUGGAUGAAUGUGUUUCUGCAGAGACAUGAUCCUCCAGUAGAAGUACACGACCUGUUCACAGACAUUCAGGAUGGCAGAAUACUCAUGGUGCUGCUGGAGGAGCUGUCUGGGUGCAAACUGCUUUACAGGUUUCGGUCGUCUUCUCAUCGUAUUUUCAGGCUGAACAACAUUUCCAAGGCCCUGGCUUUCCUGGAUGACAGACAUGUGAAGCUGUUUGGCAUCGACGCCUCAGGUGUUGCUGAUGGCACGGCAUCUGUUGUUCUGAACCUCGUCUGGAACAUAAUCCUGCAUUUCCAGGUGAAGGAGGUGACGGGAGGCCUCCAGAGACAUUCCAGCCUCUCUUCCUUGUCUGUGAGCAGCUACCCGUCCUCUAGCGACCUCUUAACCUCACCAGAUGACGUUGGCAGCUUCUCCUGCAACACUCUGCCAAGCAAAGGCAGAAAAGCUGCCAGGGAGCCAAAGUACCACGGGAAAGCAAUUAAGACGCUCCUGCUGUGGGUCCAAAGCUGCACGUCGAAAUAUGGGGUGGAUGUGAACGACUUUGGGAAGAGCUGGAGGAGUGGGCUGGCAUUCCUGGCGCUGAUUGAAUCCAUAAACCCAGGCUUGGUUGACCUGAGGGAGAACUUGUCCAGAGAGCCAAGAGAAAACCUCCAACUGGCCUUCAUGACAGCCCAUCAGAGUCUGGAUAUACCGCCUCUACUGGAGCCUGAAGAUGUGAUGUGCAGCUCACCAGACGAGCAGUCCAUCAUCACGUACGUCUCCAUGUUCCUGGGGCAUCAUUCAGGCACAGAUGAGGACCAUACAACAGAUGUAGAAGCUCCUGAGAUCCCCAGCUUCAGAUCCGUGGAGCCGGUCGUCUUUGGGGAGACUCUCGCCGAUGAUCCAGAAGCCCAAGCUUUGCUCAAAGGAUUGGAGAAGAGCAGCGAGCAGCAGCUGUGGAGGCGGUGGUCCAGGAGAUCUUCAGGAAGCCCUCGCGUCACCUCGGUUCAUGUGAACGGAGCCCCCGAACUCUCCUCCAACAGCGGCGACCAAAGCAGCGUGUUCAACAGAAACAAAGGAAGGAGUCGGAGAGUUUUCCAGCCGCCCAGUCCGCUGGACGCCGGCGUCAAUGACCAGGAGAUCCGACUGUGGCUGGAGAAGGGUUCCGAUCAGAGCUACGGCAAGAAAAGAGUGGACGAAAGUCACCUUUCAUUGAGCUCUGAGGAAGGAAGCUACAGCGUGUCGGCGCUGGACUCAGACGAGGAGGACGCUUACAGCUACAUACUGGAUCUGAACAAAGAGGUGUUUCAGCCGUAUAAUCACCCCAAAAGACCAGUAGAAAAGGUGGAAGAGGAAACAGCUGAGGAACUCAACGAAGAGUCCAAACAUCUGGAAGGACAGGAGACGUUUAACGGUGAUGAAUGUGAAAAUCAGGAAGGCUACGCGGCACAGAAUGCAGAUUCUGAUCUAAAAUCAGAAGUCAGCGCUCAGUCGCUGAAUCACAAGAAGUAUGAUUUGGACAGAAAUGAGAGAAGCUUCAGAGAGAAAUCAAACUAUAGAGCCGGGUUUGAUUUGGAGUCUGAAAGGAGAAGCAAAGAAGAAGAGCAGACACUUGUUAGAGGACGAAGUAAUGAUAACGGUGAUUAUUUCAAGGCAGAGAGAGAGGAGAUGGAAAACGCUCGACUGGCAAAGGAUGGAUGUGACAAAACACAAGAUGAUGGAGUGGAAGCAGAGGUUUGUGAAGUGGGUAAUUGGCAGAAAGAGGCUGAGGAAGGAGAAGGAGAGCUCUCUGAAAAAUGGGGACAAGUGAGUGAAUGGAGAACAGUUCAGGAAGAAGACGAGGGAGAAGAUCUGACGAGAUCUGAAGAAGGGCAGGGUUUAGGUAAUGAAAGAGAAGAAGUAGAAGAGAUAGGAAAUCAGAACGGGCCGAAUUUAGAAAGUUUGGAGGUAGGAGUGAAGGAAGAAAUAUUAACUGACGAUCCUGAAUCCAAAAGGAGUGAAAACACAGAGGAAAGUGACAGGAGAGAUGAUGCUGUCAGUAUGGAUUCAACCAAGAACUGUAGAGACGUAGAAAAGACUGGAGACACCGAGGAAGAGGUAAAUUCAACAGAUUUUGAGCCACGAGACAGGAAAGAGACAGAAAUGGAGAUCAGACGACACAGAGAUGUGAUGAUAACAGACUGUCUUGGUGAAACUACACCAGAAAUGGAUACUGACGUCCAUGAUGGUGGUAAAAACUGGACUCCUGUCUGCAGUGAAACCUCUGAGUCCUUCAGCAGUGAAGGAGGAUUCAGCCUUCAGUCCUGUGACAUCACUCCAUCAGAGCUGGAGAUGCUCCUGGUCCUGUGGAUUCUGCUCUACUGCUGCCUCAUCCUACCUCAGAUGAACCUCUGAGUGCUCCCCUCCCGUUAACAAAUGCUUAUUAGCCCGGUUUGCUCUAAUGAGCCAAACAGGGACACCUAGAGCCGAGGCCGACUCUUUAUCUGUGUCGCUAAAUUUCCCUCAGGGCGUUGUUUAAUGAUUAUAUUUGCCUCACGCUGCCAGCAUAUUUUGUAAGAACUCGGGCUAUAGUUGCAGAUAAAGCUGUAAUCCACAUUAUUAGGCACAUUUUCAGCUGCUUUUCCUGUCAGCAUUGCACCUUUAAGCUUCAUUUAAUCGGCCACAUGGUGGCGUCGCAGCAUCACGGCAGCGACCGUCUGUUCUGCUUCCUGCCGAAUCCCACAUGAGCUGCUGUUUAAUUAGAGGCUGGACUGACGUGCUGAGAUUCACAUGAUAAUAUUUAAUGAGAACUUUGACAUUUCUCAGACUCUCGCUGUGCUCAGAACUAUAGAGUUCCAUUGUUCUCCGCUCAGAUGAUGGUUGAAGCAGAUUAUGAGCUUUUUUCAUGACAUUUUUAUGUGAUAUAAACAACAAUGUGGCUUCUUGAUCUGUUUCAUUCUACUAAACCAGGGGUGUCCAACAUGAGGCCCGUGGUCCAAAAGUGGUCCUCCAGAGGGUCCAAUCCGGCCCUCAAAGUGUAAAAAUUACAGAGAAGACAUUAACUGCAGAUUGUAAAUUAGUAAAACUAUAAAUUUAAAAUCAUUUCUAGACCAUGACGAGUUUGGAUCAGAACGUAAAAUACUAGAUUGUUCAUUUUUCUUUUGUCGUUUUGUCUCAUUUUUGUCAUUAUUUGUCUUGUUUUUGUUGUUUUUUUGUCUGACUUUUGAUGUUUGUCUCAAGUUUUUGUAAUUCUGUUUCUUGUUUUUGUCAUUUUGUGUUUCCUCUUUGUCUCGCUUGUGUUUCUGUCUUAUUUUUGUCAUUUUGUGUUUUGCUUUAAUUCCUUAUUUUGUGUUGUAUUUUGUCAUUUUGUUUCUUUUUUGUCAUUUUUGUCUCGUUUGUGUCAUUUGUGUAAUUUUUUGUCAUUUUUGCCCAUUUUUGGUUGCUUUCUAACUUUUUAAUCAAAUUUUUUAUCUCUUUCUUUUGUUUCUCGUGUAAUUUGUCUCAUUUUUUGUCAUUUUGUGUCUCAUUUUGCAAUAUUUUGUCUUAUUUUUGUUGUUUUUUUGUCUUUUUUGUCUGACUUUCGUCAUGUCUCUCAUGUUUUUUGUUUUGUAUUUUUUUGGCUCAUUUUUGUUGUCUACUUUUUUGUCGUUUUGUUUCUCGCUUUUGUCAUGUUCCGUCUCGUUUGUGUCAUUUGUAUAGUUUUUUGCCUCAUUUUUGAUGUUCUGUCCAUUUUUUUUGUCGCUUUGUGACUUUUUUGUCAAAUUUUUUGUUACUUUUUUGUUUCGUGUCAUUGUGUGUCAUUUUUGUAAUAUUUUGUCUUGUUUUUUUAUUGUUUUUUGUCCAGGUGAAAUCCUCUCUGGUUCAGGUCCAGGUGACUAAAUGUUGUGUUCCUUUGUAGACACUCUGUGAUCUGGAAGUUGUAAUGUGGAAAUGAUAAACUGAGGAUGAAUGCUGAUGAAAUUGAACUUGUUUAUCUUCAGAAAUGUCAGGUUGUUCAUGAUGUUUUGUAAAAGAUAAUUCUUUAAAUGUGAAAAACAAAGGAACCAUUAGGAGUUGUGUUUUUUUAUAGGUUAUUAUGCUGUGGUUUUACUGGUCCGAUCCACUGGAGAUCAGACUUCGCUGUAUGUGGACUCUGGACUAAGAUCAGUUGGACACCCCAACACCAGACAGAAUCAGGACUGUAAAUACAGCAUUUCCAGACAUGUAUUUCUCAUGUAUAAUUCCUGCUGGUGGGUACACAGUUGAGUUGGAGCAAAAUAAAAGUAUCUGUGAGUUACAUAAGAGUUCAAAA